AUGGCGUACCACCUCUUCAAAAGGCUACAGAAAGCCAGCGCGUCCAAAGAGAGCAAACCGAAAAAUGAAAACAGGACGGAGGACAUAGAGAGGUGGUUGAAGGAUAUUCACGACGUGGUGGAUAAGGACAUCGUCCAGGAUGAAAACAACGAAAGGGACGAUGACGCCAUCUCCCUGAGUGACUACCUCUCUGUGAUUAAUCAAGUUGUGAAAUACACCGAGAAUGCCAAAAGUGGCAGGAACUCCAAGGGGGAAAUAAUAAGUGGGAGAAGCACCACGAAUGAAAAGAAGGAGCAGAGCGAUAAAAUAAACGACGUGGACUUGGAGGAUGAACAGGUGGCCACGUUGCGUAUCAAGAACUUUUGCAAACUCAUGGGCGUAAUUAGUGUGUUUGAAAAGUUAAAAAGCGGGCAUGCUACUACAUCAACCGUGGGGAAAGCAAAUGAGAACGUAAACGCUAAUGCAAGUGGCGCCACGGAUAAAGAGGACGGCCCCCGCGGGGCAGAAGCCAGAAGACGCAAAGUGGACCUGCUGCAGCAAAAUGGCGUGUGGACCUUGUUAGAAGAAAUCAUCUUGAACAGCGCAGAAUAUCUGAACAAAAUUAUUUCCCUAGAUAAAGACAUGUUCCAAAAGAAGAGUGUAAAAAUAAAUUGCAACAAAUUGAAAAGGUACAUAAAUUACCUGAACGUAUUUUUUGAGGAGACCAACAAAUGUCAGUUGCUUUUUAGGGUUCUACACUUCCAGUUGGAGAGCUCAACAUUUAUUACCUACGAGUUGGUCCUCCUUUUGCAAAAACUCUACAUCUAUGACAAUGUAAAUUUUUAUUUUUACGUGCAUCAUAAUAUUGCCUUUUCGAAUGAUGUCUCAUCCCCGUACUACUACAAUUUGUACGCAUUGAGGUGCUUCCAAAUUUUGUUCCACGAUAGACAUUCGAAUAAAAAUGGGGUGCAUUUGCAGGGACAGCAGAAGGUUGCCCAAAGAAUUUACGAACAGUAUAAACGGGUCAUCCACAAUUUGAGAAAAGGGAAGUUCUUCUACCCUCAUUUGAUUAGCUACCCCUUUAAUUGUUCAGAAGACAAACUAUCAUAUAAAAAAAAAAAUGAGCAUUACUACAUUAACGAGAAGGACGAAUUUUGCUCCAUCAAAAGUGGAAAAAAAUUCGCGUCUGCAUUAUUCCUCCAUGAGGAAGACGCAGAGGUUAAGAGACUUUUAAAAAAGUUACACCAUGCGCAGAGGUGGGGUGAAUUGCAGGAUCAAUAUGAUUCAUGUGCAACCUACUCAGCAUCCUCUAAUGAACAAAGCACAAGCGAUAAUGCACUACAGGGACAGUCGGGUCGAAUGUUCAAAGAGAGGGGAGGACUUGCCAAGUCGGAUGGGGCAUCUUCCUCAGCUCGACUUCCAUCAUCUUGCAGUUCAGCUCUUCACGAGGCCACCAACCGAGGAAAGCAGAACAACAGCAAUGAAAACGAUCAGAAGGGAGAAACUCCAAAUGGAAACCUACCCCCUCAAAGCAGCAGUGAUGAAGAUAGUCAGAAUGAGGAAAGCUGUUCCUAUUUCAGCUCCGACAUUUCGAAUGACUUCAUAACGGUGAAUGAAGAGAUCGACGAAGAGAAUAAAAAAAAAAAAAAAAAAAUUCCAUUUUGUGAAGAAAAUAUAUGUCUAAUAAUGCACCGACAGGGGAAGAUCCAAAAUGUGAGAAGUACAAUCGAUAAGCUAAUACUCAGCAAAGAUCAUUUCCUGUCCAAAUUGCUGGCCAUAAUAGACUCUAAUGAGGACGCCUACCUUAUAAAUGAAGUCAUUCUACUGCUACUGUUGGUUGCCGAGUACAACGCGGAGGUUAGAAAUAUCAUCACGUAUGAAAGAUUCAUCGAAACGGUGAUGAGAAUAAUUCAGGAUGAACAUGCCUACUUGUUUAAACCAAUUAGUGACUUGUACUUCUUGUACGAAGACGGCAACGUGGUGGUGCCGAGUAAAAAGACGAAAAUUUCUCCCCACGAUACUUCCAUUAGGGGGAAUGAAAAAAGGGAAGAAAUGAACCACACCCAUGUUGAUGCAAUCGAUAGGAUAACCCCCCAGACGGAGAAACCUCCAAACGAACAAAACGAAAUGGAGAUAUAUCUAGACAAUAUUUCCAUAAACAUAGACCUGAAGAGCAGUUUGCUCCUCCUCAAGUGUCUCAUAAUCAGCAGCGAAUUUGGCCUCAAGUACAUUUAUGAGCUGAACAUCUUCGAGCAGUUCAUCAAAUUGGUACUUAACAUGUAUAAUGUGAUCAUAUACAUUUUUAAAAAUGAUAUGAAAAAAUAUUUUUCAAAUUCCAUUUUUGUUCUUAACAUAUUUCUAGACGUUUUGGCUAGCUCAUGUAAAGUGGAGGGGGUGAAUAGCUCUACAGGUUUGUCAUGUAAAAAGUUUUUGCUCAUUUUACAGAAGGAAAAAUUUUUCGAAAGCUCUUUUUUUUUUUUUUUUAAAUUUAUGUGUAUCUAUAUGGAGAAAUAUGCCAACCGUGGUAGGAGGGCAGAUCAGCUCGGUCAUCACAAGAAUGAAAACUGUUCAAGUUAUGACGCGGGGAGUGAAGCCCCUAUAGCUGUGGAGUUCAGUCGAGAUGGUAAUGCGCCUUUACCAGGAAACAGCAAUAGCGUCAGCCACAGUGCUGCUGCAAGCGCCAGCGCAAGCAGCGUCUUCCCGAACAGCGACAGUGGGGGAGGUCAGUUGGGAAGCAACCCUGUUGGUGCCAGUAUUGGAAGCAACUUUGCGGGGAGCAGUCAGGCAGGAGGUCUCCACGUCGGUAGCAGUGGUGUGCACAGCGAAAGUGAGCAAAUCAUGGAGACCUUCAAGAAUACCCACUUUGCUGGCAUCCUCAAUAUGUGUUGCAAAUUUCUCCUCCAGGAUGAGACGCUCUGCGUAAGGGUUCUGUUCACCACGUAUACUUCUAACCGUGGUCGAGAGGAAUUAUCCCAGUUAAGGGAUAAACAGGACAAGGUUAACUCUAUCGUGGAGGCAUCGCUCCAGCAGAAGAACUACUUCCACGUAGAAGAAGUGCUAACAUACUACAUGAAACAUUUGAAGCAAAUAAAAUAUGCCGAUCUGCUGUUGAUUAUGUUUCUGUACGAUCGGAAGAAUCUUUUUUGCAACACCAUUUAUGAGUUUUUUUUAUUCCUGGGGGGGAAGUACGCUCAAGUGGGGAAAUACUUAAUGGAGUCUCUCUUAUCUCGUAGGACGGUCUUCAACUACUGCGUAAUGCACACUGUACGGCGCGUAUCGAAGUUGUUUCUUAAAUUGAAGAAGGCCUUUCAGGGGAGGAGAAAAUUGGAGAGCAAAUUAGGGGGCAAAAACAGCGACGAAUUCUUAAUUUCAGGAGGAAGUGAAAUUCCCCAAAAGGAAAAUUUUUUUUUAAAAUAUAUGAAUCUGUCGGAAUUGCUACUGAAGGUUUGUAACCUAACGAGCAGCAAUAACGCUGAUGAAGGGUUACCUUCUGUUAAUGAAUUUUUAAAGAAUGCAAAAAUUAACUUUGAACAGAUGAUGUACUACAAUGCACUGUUCACACGUGAUUACAACGGAGUGUGGAAACACCAUAUUAAGAGAACGAACGAACGUUUCAGCGAAAGCGUGUUAACGUUUAGGAUAAACUCAAUUUUAUACAGAAAAAAUGUCAAGGGAGAGAUGGAUUCGCUUAAGUUUUUACUACCCAUUUUGAGUAACAAAUGGGGAAGCAAAAAGAACAGCUGUCUGAUCUGCGUGUAUAUAGCUGUCUACCUAUUCAAGUCGAAUGAAGAAAAGGAAAAAAAAAAAAAUUGUAAAAAUUCUUAUGCAGAAUGA